GCUUUAUGCCGUCACUCCUUCAACAACAUUAUCGAUAUCACGCCUUCUAACGAUACAUUUCUGACACAUCAGCUGAUAAUUAAUUACCUUUUGUUGAAAAAAAUAUGUGUUUGCUUUUCACAAAUCGUGCGCUUAGACAAUUAUGGCGCGUACAACGGACUUUUCGGACAUCAAUUUCAAUUGUUUGCUGUUAAUCUUCAAACUACUGCACAACCUCGAGGAUCAAGUCAAUUUCGCAUUAUGUGGUCGACGAUUUCGUGAUGCCUUUGUUUAUAUACAUCGCCGGCGCUUCGAGGAAAUCGUCGAUAGCGAUAUUAAACUGAAGAGUCUAGAUGACUGGCGUGCCUUUCUAUGGAUGUGCGGUGCUACCGUGAAAUCAUUAGAAUGCCAUCGUGACGACGACCAUCCGUUGCAACUGAUGCCACUGGUGGCCAAAUAUUGUAGCCGCCUCGAGAGCAUCACACUUCGCAAUGCGACUGUGGCCCGAACACAGCCUUUCUUACUGCAGCUGAGCACAUUGAGGAAGGUCUAUGUGCGCAAUUACAAGAGCACAAGCAAAGAUCUAAUCAGAAACAUGCGCUUUCGCUUGCCUUACAUACAGAACUUGGGCUUGGAGUGCUUUGAGCGUCGCGAACUGCAAGAGCUUCGCUAUUUUGUGAAUCUCGAGGAGCUGCAAAUGUACGACGAGGUGACGUCCUCUGACUUUAUUGCCAUCACCAAAUCGCUCAGGAGCUUGCGGAUUCUGCAGUUGCGCAAUGCCAAGCGAUUUCUGACCACACAAACGCUGAAACAUUUGGCCGCCCAUUGCGGCCGCCUAGAGAAGCUAUCGUUUCAAGAUAGCGAUGCUGAACUCACUGCCCUCACAUUGUUUCCUUAUCUACGCUAUUUGCAACUUUAUUGUCCCGAUAAUCAAAAGACACGCUUAUUUAAAACGCUGGCUAACAAAUGUGCACCACAUUUGGAAUAUCUGAUAUUGCAUCGCAAGCAGUGGAUCGAUGAGGAGCAGGCACACUUCAUUGGAUCGAUUAAAUCGCUAAAGUGGCUCGUCUGUAAGCCGCGUAAUGACUCCUGUGUGCAUCAUUUGGGGAAUCUAACACAACUCGAGUGCCUGUCGGUGCAGUGUGCGCGGGAUAUUGGCGAAACGGAGUUGCUACAUCUGGUCCGUAACAAUGAUCAGUUGAGGUAUCUAAAUAUUUGCUAUUGCCUGGGAAUAACGGAUUCGUUUGUGGUCGAUUUGCUGGAUAUUUUAGUCAGGCGACACAAUCAUCAGCCGUUGGAACUGUACGCUGCUGCGACAGAUAUUAGACACGACAUCAUGGAAAAACUGCCAGCUGACUAUGCGUCCAAAUUGUUAAUACUGCAUUUUGAGUGCAGUCAAGGCAUACGUUCUAGUGAGCAUUAUUACAACGAUGAACCGGAAUUUGAUCGCUAAACGAUCACAAUAUAUACAUACAUAUGUAUACACAUCAAUCUGCAAUUAAUAAGCAACAGCUAACAAGAAUACCAAUAAUUAUAAACUAUACCAAACUAUAUACUCACCAUUUUGAUAUGAUAUUACUGUACACUGUGGACAAAAAAUACCGCUAAUUUUGUUUAUAAAUCUAAGAAUCUGUUAUUUAUUUUUCUAAAUUCAUUUCACACCUUCAAAGUAGUCACCUUCAACUACAAUACACUUGUGCCAAC